GUUGGAGCCGCGACGAAGCCGUGCAGUACUCCUGCUACGCUCAGGCGCCGAGCGCCUCCUGCACGACGUAUCCCAGGAACAACUACCAGGACCAGACCUACGUGGACACCGCCUUUGGGGGGACGCCGCCAGCGACCGUCACCAACGGGGCGGGCCUGGCAGGUCCGGACACCGGACACGACACCUCCCACCAUCACCUUCGUGGAAGCCGAGUCGACGGAAGAGUCCUCCAUCACCGUCACACUUCAGCUGGACGAGCCUGGAACAGCGUAUUGCAAGGCCUACACCACCACGCAGACCGUGGACGCAGCACUCUACACCGCACUCACCACAGCACCCGUCUACAAGAACACAGUCUCAAACUGGAACAACAUCUACAGGAACUUCGACAUCAAGGUCUCUGGCCUCACCAUGGAAACCAAGUACUUCGUCUACUGUGCCGCAGAAGACGAUGAGCUCGUGGAGGGUGCCACCACCAUUGACCCUGCACCUACCUCGAACAAUGAGGCCUUGCCCGUGCUGGUGGAGGCGACAGGGCGCUUUACCCUGGACCUCACUCCGCCAAUCAUUACCGUCGUCUCCAUCGCCUCCAGCUACCCUCAAGGGGGGCCUCAGGGGAGUCCCAGCCGCCCUGCCACGCCUGUGCCAGACAUGCGCCGGUUGUACGGGCUUCAGGGCCAGGCUUCUGCACCACCCAAGCGCAGCUCGUCUCCGGGGCAUGCUGCCUUUGCCUAUCAGCUUCCGCAGUUCCAGCAAGUCCAGCCCGAGGCUCCCAAGCCCAGGCCGAUCGACCCAUCGGAGCUCGUGAAGGGCCAGCAGUUGGAUUAUUGGAGCGACCAUUUCCAGUGCUGGAUGCCCGCCAUCAUCACCGAUGUGAACAAUGAGUCAGGCGGCGUUUGCCUCAAUGUCAAACCAAACGCCUUCAUCAGCCGCUCCGAUCAGCGACGGAAAAUCCGUUCGAGGACCAUCCCCAAUGCUCAGCAGGUGGCAACAGCUCAGAGCAUUGUGCAGCAGGAACAGGUGGAGCCGGUUGCAGAGCAAAUCUUUGUCAGCGCGGCAAAAUCAAAGGACCGCCCCAUCCCUGCAGAGCAAGUGCCACAUUUGGGUGCAUACUUGGAUGGUCUGCUCGGGCUGGUGGGCUCCCAAGUCCAUCUGACACAGUCGUCUCGAAGUGGGUCGGGCCUGGUGCUGGAUGAGUUCAAAAGGGUCUUCUGGGAGCUUCUGCAGCUGCAGCAGGAGAUUUCCGUGCAAGCGAUCCCCCGGUUCUCCAUUGAUUCCUUCAAGGAAGGGGACCCCUGGAAGAAGUACACCAAGGGCAAGGAACUGGGGCAUGGCACCUAUGGCUUCGUGUACCUGGCGAACGACAAGCACUCGAAGCAGGUUCGAGCUGUGAAGGAAAUCUCCAAGGAGAAGCUGCAUGGUGACAUGCAGGCAAUGAAGAAGGAAAUUGAGAACCUGACGCACCUCGACCACCCUCACAUUCUCAAGCUCUACGAGGUCUACAGCACACCGGACGAUGUGUUCCUCGUGACAGAUUUCUGUCCAGGUGGAGAGCUGCAUGGCCACAUCUCAAACGCGAAGAAAACUCGCCAGGAUAUUCCUAUGCCAUGGAUUGCUGAAGCUAUGCAACAGCUGAUGCAGGCGAUUUGCCACAUCCAUGUCCGGGGAAUCAUUCACUUGGAUGUGAAGUCGCAGAACAUAAUGCUAAUGCCCAGCCAGAAGACAGCAGCGUUCUUCGGCAAAGGGGAUGCUAAAGAUGCCAGGUGCUCAACCUUCAACUCCAAGCCGCAUGUGGUAGUCAUUGACCUGGGGAUUGCCAUGCACUUCAAGCCUGGGGACUAUCGAGGAAAUCGUCCCAUGGGCACGCCCAUGACCAUGGCUCCAGAGGUUUGGUGGGGUGAAAUCACUCCCGAAGCUGACGUCUUCAGCUGCGGUUGUGUUUUCUUUGAGCUUCUUUGUGGGGAGAUGCCCUUUCGAGUCAAGUUCGCAGGAAACUUUGAUGAUGUUGUGAAAUUCUGGCGGCAGAAGCCGCGGCCUGCGUGGCAGUACGUCUCGGGCGCAUCCAGGGAUGCCAAGGAACUCCUAGAAGGCAUGCUGUUGCAGGAGCGCCAGCGUCGCCCAUCAGCAUCUCAGUGUCUGGCUAGCAAGUUCUUGAAAGAUGCAUCUGCCCCGAAGCAGACCGGCAGUCUCAAUGAGUCCAGCCGGCAAAGGCUGAUCAAGCGCCUGGCUUCCGUUCAUUGCCGAUCCGUACUCUACAAGAACAUCGCCAUGAAGAUUGCGCAGGAUUGGCCGCCCAACCAGAUGCCGACCUUCAAGCAACUCUUCAACGAGUUCGAUGUGCACGGCAAUGGCUCACUGGCGACGGAGUCCCUGAAGGCCACCCUGAUGAAGCACGGGGUCGAUGAGGCCGAGGCAAGCCGGGCUUCGGUGGCCAUGAACUUGAGCCAAGACAAGGACGCCAUCAACUGGACCGAGUUUGUGGCAGCCUGCAUCGACCUGAGCCAGCCAGAGUUCGAGCCCAAGAUCUUCAAGAUCUUCCAGGAUGCCGAUGCUGACAGGGACAACUUGCUUGCAGCUUCGGAUCUGAUGAACACCUUCCCACAAGGAAGUAAGUACUCCUUGGAAACAGCGGCCACGGUCUUCAGGGAUCUCACAGGAAGAGAUGCACAGAAAGACCGAGGUGCGCGCAUGGAUUGGAGCACCUUCUACAAGCAUUUGCAAAGCUGUGCUUUGAAUGGUGUCGAGGAGCCAGUUGCGGCCAAGACGCAGUGGGACGUCUUCAUCGGUGGUGUGACGGAUGCGAUCAGCAACGUCACUGGCGCAUACUUCUCCAACGAGGCCAAGCCACAAAAAUCGGGUAACGGUGCCAUCCGAUUCCCUGGGGAGAGCAUCCCUCAGACCAUGGAGGACAUGUUGAAGACCUUGGCCGAUAUGGGCUUCAAGGACCGCGAGCUCAACAGGAGCAUCAUCAGUGAGAAGGGUGGCUCUUUGAGCGACGACGUGAUCGACGCCAUCAUGCAGCGAAUUCAUCGUAGAAUCUUGAACCAAUUUUGCAUGGCCCUGUCGUUAGUGAAGCUGGGAGUAAGAAAGGUCUGCGCUGCAAGCAUCUUCAACAUUCUACAACACUCUGAGCAUGCCAGCCUUGCAGCCUUGAGGGCGACGGUCACGUUGCAGCUGGACGAACCCGGAACAGCGUGGUGUACUGCCGUCCGGGACCAGUUCACACCGCCGAGCAUCAACCAGAUCAUCGCGGCAAGCUUCUCGUCGACCGUCCUCACGGCGGCUACGGACUUCACCGUCCAGGUCCAGAACCUCGUCCGGGACACCGAGUACGAUGUGUACUGUCACGCUCGGGAUCGCGGCACAGAAGUCGACGUUGGACUUGAUGCAGGCAAUCCUGGCAACGACGUGGACGCGGCGCACGUCCUCACUACGAAGCGCGACAUCCACACCAUGGGCGACUCGACGCCGCCCAGCGUGGUCUCGGUGUCUCCUGCCCACCAGCAGACCGGCGUGCUCAGCAAGCCGACUUUCACGAUUGUCUUCAGUGAGGACAUUCAGGCUGGCAGCGGCAACGUCGUGUUCACGCCGCAGACGGGCACACCUAUUUCCAUGGACAUUACAAACGUCAACACUGGAACAUGUGCGCCCGCGAAGCUCAGCAUUGUGCUCACGACCUUCACAGCUGACUGGUCCUCCUGCGGUGCUGCGAGCCCGCUGUCCACGUCAAUGAACUGGUACGUGUCCUUUGUGGCGGGUGUCCUGACGGACUGCUUCUGCAUGCCGUUGAUACGCUUGAAAGCCAAGGUACUGCGUGCAAGUGAGGCAAGAUUUUGCAAGCUUACGGCUUACUGGCCAUUGCGUUAA